AUGAUGCUCCUCACGCAACUCGCGUGCGUCGCUGCCGCUUUCGGGGCGGCGGUCGCCCUCCCCGCAGACACAACCACCGCCACCACCGCCACGGCGCCGCUCAUUCACCUCGACUACGCCACAUACCAAGGUUCCCGCGCGGCCGGCGCCGGCGUUGACCAGUUUCUCGGUAUGCGCUUCGCCAAGCCACCGAUGGGCGACCUGCGCUUCCGUGCGCCACAGGAACCGGCCCACGAGGACCAAGUGCAAGAUGCAACCAAGUUCGGCGCUCUCUGUGUCGGCACCGGUGUCGGGCCUAGCGAGACGUAUGGCGAAGAUUGCCUCUUUGUCAACGUCUUCAAGCCCACCAACGCCACCGCAGCAUCCAAGCUUCCUGUCUGGGUCUUUAUCCAGGGCGGCGGCUAUGCCCGCAACGACAAUGGCAACUUCAACGGCUCCGAGGUCAUCCAAAAGAGCGGUGGCAACGUCGUGUUUGCCAACUUCAACUAUCGCGUCGGCGUCCUCGGCUUCCUCGCUAGCGAAACGGUUCGCGAGGACGGUGCGCUGAAUGCUGGCCUACUGGACCAGCGGCUGCUUCUGCAGUGGGUGGAAAAACAUAUCAGUCAGUUUGGAGGCGACCCUGACCAUGUCGUGAUCCACGGCGACUCUGCUGGUGGCGGUUCCGUCUCGUACCAUUUGACAGCCUAUGGCGGAAAUGACAAGGAAGAUCUCUUUGUAGGCGGUAUACCCGAGAGCCCAUUCUGGCCGACGCAGCGCACCGUGGCACAGAUGGAGUUCCAGUACACCCGUCUGCUCCACGACACCAAUUGUGGUUCCCUCGAUUGUCUUCGCAAGCUUGACGUCCGCGUGCUGGGAAAUGCCAGCAUCCCCUCGCCUUUCCCCGGGGCCCACCCCGAGGACCCUGCACCACUGUGGUACUGGCUGCCCGUGAUUGACGGUGGCUUCGUCCAGGACCACAUGUAUUCGCAGUUUCUGACCGGACGGUUCAAGCGCGUUCCCAUGCUCGUUGGCGAUGAUACCAAUGAAGGGACCUACUUCGCUUCCAAUGCCUCCACCGAAACUGAGUUCUUGUCGUUCCUGAGAAGCAACUACCCCCGUCUCCAAAAGUGGCAGCUUGACCUCGUCGGCACCAUCUAUCCAAAGAUGGACCCUUUUCCCAAGCAUGCCGCUUAUUUCCCGACUGCCGCCGCUGCGUAUGGUGAUUGCACAUUUGUAUGUGCGGGAAACACGAUGGCGGAUGCCAUAUCGUUGUUCGUAGGUCGAGAUAAGUCGUGGAAUUAUCAUUACAACGUCGCCGAUCCGGAUCAGGUCGCUGACGGCAAUGGUCAGGAAGCGGCGUCUCUGAAGACCAUCAAUGCCGCCAUUGUGCCUGUGACGAUGUCGUACUUCACCAGUUUCGUCCGAUUCCUAGAUCCAAACCCAAGCCGGCUAGCAGGAUCGCCAAUAUGGCAGAAUUGGGGCACGUUUGCAGGCGGGCAGGGCCAUCGCAUAAGACUGCAAACAAAUAACACGGCGAUGGAGACUGUGCCUUUUGACUUGGUUGAAAAGUGUGCGUUGUGGAAGUUUCUGGCCAAGAGUAUGGAUCUUUGA